AUGUGUAUCUGUUAUUCCAAGUUGUUCCGGAUGUCUUUGAGAGCCGAAAAUAGUAGACGCACUGGUUCCAAAGUGAGCGCUACUCUUAGAAAGCUAACUACCAUUGCUGAAAACAUGAGCCAACUAGUGAGUCAAGGGAACCGUAGCAACGACUUAGAUCAGUUUGGGGAAGUUUUUAAGAGGGUGGCAGCUGCAAAACCAUCCACUUACCUUGGAAAGGAGGAUCUCACUAGUUUAGAGAAUUGGAUAAGGGAAUUUGACAAGCUGUUUGAUGCCAUUAACUGUCCUGAAGAAUUAAAGGUUAACAAUGUUGCGUAUUACUUGAGGGAAGAAGCUGACCUGUGGUGGAGUCAAAACCGGGAUACGCUUUUAGAAACCCUUGACUUUGGAUGGAAAGAUCUGAAGAAGGCGAUAAGAGACAAGUUUUACCCCGCCUACCUGAAAAAGCUGAAAUGCAUGGAGUUUACCAACCUAAUGAUGGGGAACAUGAACAUCAAUGAAUAUUAUAAAAAUUCAUUGAGUUAA